AUGUCCACAACUGACUCUAUUGAUGAGAAGGGCAUAGAAGAGAAGGGGAAAACGGGAGAUGUGGACAUCCUCCAAAAGUUGGGGCUUACGGGAGAGAAGCCGUCACGCUCGGUGCCAGCAGGGGUCAUUCCAUUCAGAUCUGGGAUCAUCCUCAACCAGCGGGCGCACAUCGAAGCUCCGUUGCGCUCAGUUUUCCCAGCGGCCGUCUGGCCCAACGUGGCACUGGUCCUGAGUGUGCGCUCACACCGUGUCAGCAGUGCUUUCCUCUUCACCCUGCUCUCAGGCCGCAGGAAGCUCCUUCUCGGUCUGCAGCUUGUACCAGGAAAACUGGUCCUUCACACAGGACCAAACACCUCGGUGGCACUGCCCUAUGAGCCCCAUGAUGGCCAGUGGCACCAGCUGGCAGUGGGAAUUAAUGGACAGAGAGUGACUCUAUAUGCCUCCUGCGGAGAGCAGAGUGUUCAUGCAGACUUUGGGUGGGACAGUGAGGACAAACUGGCUCCAGAGCUCCAGGGCUCCUUCCUGCUGGGGCGGACGAGCCAACAGCAAGCUUCAGCACACUUUGAAGGAGCCAUCUGCCAGUUUGACCUAGUCCCUUCUGCACAGGCAGCUCACAACUACUGCAGGUACAUUAAGAAACAGUGCAGGGAAGCUGACACAUACAGGCCUAACCUUCCUCCCUUGCUGCCUAUCUUAACACGAGAAACAAACAUCACAGCUACCACUGCUACAACUAAACGUGGUGGCCCGGAAACAGCCAGGAAGACUACAGGGCUAAGCCUAGCCAAGAGUGUUGCCGCUGCUGCCUCGGCUGUCAGAUAUGUGGCCCCCACCCAAACAAUAAAACCAAACCCUGGGACCAUUCAUACACCUGUGCUGGGAACCGUGAUGCCAAUCACAGCCCAGGUUGGGCUGGCAUCUCCACCUCCCAAGGUCAGGACCGAAACUGUCACAGCACCACUCAGGACAAGAGUUCCCCCCACAAAACCACCAACCGCAAAGCCCUCCACCUCUAAAGCUUCAAAUCAGAAAUCCUCCAAACCUACUCCCCCUAAGCCCACUCCUCAUAGCAGCCCCAAAAAGACAAUUGCAGGAUCAGACAACAAGAAGAAACCAACUAUUUCUGCCACUUCCAGCACCAAACCCUCUAAGACAAAACCUGACUCUGCCUUAUCAGACCAAAGUGCAGUCCCAAAGAAACCACAACCCACCACAGCAAAGAAAACAUCUCCCAAGCCAAAAGUUACAACAUCCAAAGCCACUCUGUCCAAAUCCAAAGCAAAUUCUGUCAAGGUUGUCCCUUCUAAACCAACAAUAUCCAAAGUCUACCCCUCCAAAUCAACAAUCUCCAAAACUGCAACUGCUAAAACCUCCAAGCUAGACUCCAAACAGGUCACCAAGCCAACAAAGCAGGCCAGAACUAACCCCAAGGCGCCAGUUACUCCACGACCUACCAGACCGUCAUACAAUCCAGCAACACCACCUGCCACUGACGGCUUCCAGAGCUGGGAGGUGGCACCAACUCAGUUCUCCCUUCUGGCUGGACCUGUAGGACAAAAAGGAGAAACAGGCCCCCAGGGACUGCUCGGACCUCCAGGGAAGCCAGGCCUGCCAGGCAAGAGGGGUCCUCGGGGCGCCCCUGGUCCCCAUGGAAACCCUGGCCGACCUGGUCCAACAGGGCUCAAGGGGAGAAAAGGAGACCCUGGCAUCUCACCUGGGCCAGCACCUAAAGGAGAGAAGGGAGACCUAGGACUUAUUGGCCCGGUUGGACUGACUGGCCAAGAAGGUCGAAAGGGACAGAAAGGGUACCCUGGUCCACCUGGACUCCCUGGAGAGACUGGAGAGCAAGGUCCAGUCGGAAGCCCAGGUGCCAAAGGUUAUCCUGGCAGGCAGGUGCAGUAAAUCCUCUGCUGGGUUUACACAGGGCCUAUAGGACCAUUGGGGCCAAAAGGCGUUCGGGGUUUCAUUGGAAUCCCGGGCUUUUUGGCCUGCCUGGGCCCUGAUGGCGAAAGAGGCAUUCCCGGUGAACCAGGGAAGAGGGGCAAGAUGGGUAGGCCGGGGUUUCCAGGGGACUUUGGGGAGAGAGGACCACCUGGACCAGAUGGAGAGCCAGGUGAGAUGGGAGCCCCCGGUCCAAACGGAGUUCUUGGACUUAUUGGUGAUAUGGGACCUGUGGGAGAGAUGGGCCUUCCAGGACCUAAUGGACUGAAGGGGGUGCCCGGAAAUCCAGGAGAACCAGGACUGAAAGGUGAUAAGGGUGAAAUUGGGAUUCCUGGAGAGCAAGGAGAGGUCGGGUACAAAGGAGACAAGGGCAUCCAGGGGGUUCCAGGGUUACCAGGCAUCCGUGGGAAACCAGGACCACAGGGCAAGCAAGGAGAGAGAGGCCCUGAUGGUACACCUGGACCUCCAGGCCUCGAGGGUUUCCCCGGUGACAUGGGACCACCAGGAGAGAACGGCCUUGAAGGACCAAAGGGAAAGCCAGGGGCCAGGGGUUUACCGGGCCCACGUGGGGUGCCUGGCUUGGAGGGAGAUGAGGGCCCAAUCGGACCACCAGGCCCAACAGGACUCGAGGGUAGAAUGGGCAGAAAAGGAUUUCCUGGGAAGAUUGGGUCAGAGGGAGUUAAGGGAGAGCUUGGCAUCUCAGGAAAAGUUGGAUCCAUGGGAGAAAGAGGCUUGGUGGGUUUCAUUGGACCUGUGGGAGAGGCAGGACUGGCAGGAGAGAAGGGGGAUCGCGGAGAGAUGGGUCUUCCUGGACCACCUGGAGAAAAGGGAAUAACGGGUCACCCAGGGACACCAGGUGAAACUGGGCCUUCAGGACCACCGGGAAGGCCAGGCCCCCCUGGAGCGUCUGGGCCAGCCGGUACCAGAGGACCCAAAGGCUUGCGGGGAGCGAUAGGGCCUGAUGGUCCAACAGGAGAGAUGGGGAUAGAGGGCAAGGCGGGUUUUGAUGGUCCUCCAGGAAAAAUAGGUUUCCCUGGACCACAGGGGAAGAUUGGAGAGCCAGGGGAAACUGGGCCUAAAGGUUUUCCUGGUAUCCAAGGGCCCUCAGGACCUCCAGGGGACAAGGGAAUAGCGGGCGAGCCGGGACCACCUGGGCCACCAGGGACUGUGGGACUGUUGGGAGAGAUUGGUCAAAAGGGUCCUCCAGGUAAGGUGGGUGAACCAGGACUGCCGGGCGAGCCAGGGGAGAAGGGAGCCAUUGGACCUGUUGGGAACAUCGGAGAGCAGGGACUGAUAGGGCAGCGGGGAGAGCCAGGCCUAGAGGGUGAGGCAGGUCCGGCUGGUCCUGAUGGAACCAAGGGUGAAAAAGGUGACAUGGGUCAGGAGGGGGACAAUGGAGAAAAAGGUGAAAUUGGGCUAAAGGGAAAAGAGGGCCCACUUGGAAACCCUGGACUCACUGGCGUCAGAGGUCCAGAAGGGAAACCUGGCAAAAUUGGGGAAAGAGGCAAACCAGGAUCGAAGGGUGCUAAAGGUCACCAAGGUCACCUUGGGGAGACCGGACCAGUGGGGAAGACAGGACCACCAGGUUUCGUUGGUCAGAAGGGGUCCAGAGGAACCAUUGGACACGUGGGAGCUCCUGGUCGAAUGGGUCAACAGGGGGAACCUGGCAUUGCAGGUUAUGAGGGCCAUCAGGGACCACAGGGCCCCAUGGGGUCUCCAGGACCAAAAGGUGAAAAGGGCGAGCAGGGGGAUGAUGGGAAGGUAGAGGGUCCUCCUGGUCCUCCAGGUGACAUAGGUCCUCCAGGUGACAGAGGAGAGAGAGGGGAGUCAGGAGACCCAGGGUACAAAGGUCAAGUUGGUUUUGAUGGAGAGAGAGGCAGACCUGGUGCUCCUGGGCAACCUGGACACCCUGGACCUCACGGGCAACAAGGACCCAAAGGGGCCAAAGGAGAUCAAGGUCAAAAAGGCAAAAAGGGUCCAACGGGACAAAAAGGAACCAAAGGACCAGAGGGGGUGGGUGGUCCUACUGGUUCCAAAGGUGUGGUGGGUCGAGAGGGGCAUGAGGGUGUGCCCGGGAUCGAUGGAGGCCCAGGGAAAGAUGGCCGUAAAGGCAUGCCGGGAGAGCAUGGAGAUGAUGGGGAGUUUGGUCUUUCUGGCAAAUCUGGCUCACGUGGUAAAACUGGUGUUCCAGGACUCCCAGGAGAUCAAGGGGUCAUUGGACCAAAGGGUGAGCAGGGUCUUCGAGGCCAGACUGGACCUCCAGGGAAAAGAGGCUUUAGAGGUGGAAUGGGACUGCCAGGGAAACAAGGGGACCAAGGACAUAAAGGACAACCUGGUGAUACAGGGGAGCAAGGUUUUCCAGGAAUUCUGGGAGUUUUUGGACCAAAGGGGCCUCCAGGAGAUUUUGGGCCAAAAGGCAUACAGGGACCAAAGGGGCCACAGGGCGCAAUGGGCAGAGGAGGGGUCAUUGGCCCUGAGGGAUUUAUUGGUCCCAAUGGAAACAAAGGUCCUCGAGGAGAAAAGGGCAAUCGCGGAGAGACUGGAUUCCAAGGACCAAGGGGAUCUCCUGGACCCCGUGGACCCCCUGGACUUCCAGGUCGUCCGGGUGUCCCUCUGUCAUUUAAAGAAGAUGGUGUUUUGUUUAUGGAUUCACACACUCCACUCAGGACUGAGAAUAUGCCAGUGAUGGACCUGCCGAUGCUGGACCAGGGCGCAGAGAUCUUUAAGACCCUCCACUACCUCAGUAACCUGAUCCAGAGCCUGAAGAACCCACUGGGCACUCGGGAGAACCCGGCCCGAAUCUGCAGGGACCUGCACAGCUGUGAACAGAAGUUAAACGAUGGCACUUAUUGGAUUGAUCCCAACCUGGGCUGCUCGUCAGAUAUGAUAGAAGUCUCCUGCAACUUUACCGGAGAAGGACAGACUUGCCUGAAACCAAUAACUGUAUCCAAGACAGCAAUCAGUGUUGGUCGUGUCCAGAUGAACUUCCUGCACCUGCUGAGCUCAGAGGCAGUCCAGCACAUCAUCAUCCACUGCCUGAAUGUCUCGGUUUGGAGGACAGCUGAGAAUCAGCCAGCUGCCCAGGGGUCUGUGAGAUUCAAGGCCUGGAAUGGGGAGGUGUUUGAGGGAGGAGAGCUCGAGCCAGAAGUCUUGGAGGACUCCUGCUGGAUAAAAGAUGGUCGCUGGCACCAGACCCAUUUUGUGUUCCACUCCCUGGACCCCACCUUGCUCCCUGUGGUUGACAUCUACAACCUUCCAAAGACUACUCCUAGCUCACAUUACCUCCUAGAAGUAGGCCCUGUAUGCUUCCUGUGAAGGCUGCAGUGCAGGUCUUUUGAGUAUAGAUGGAAGGAUCAUCACCCCUAGAUGACACCUUCAUGCGGGCGUGGAGAUCAGAGCAGUCUCCUCCAAUCUGCGGCCAAACACUGUCCAAGCGAGAACAAGCUUCCCCCAAACAGCCCUGCUUCACUCUGCCAAACUCCCAUUUGACUGCAGACACAGAGGGAGGAAACACGGGGAGCUUGGGGGGCAAAGCAGGGGACGAGGAAGAGCUAAGAUGGAGCAGGGGAGUUCUUGCACUAUAAUGGCAAUAGCUUCUUCAAACUCGUCAAGAAGGAUCUCCACAUGUACGCCCACUUGGAGGAAAAAAAAGGCUUUAUGCCACACAAUCUCUCUAGAACAUUGCUAAGUGAAGGGAGACCAAGGCCAAGUUAAUCAGCGGACAUUACAGUAACUUAUUUUUGUAUGCAGUCUGUAUACUGUGUGUACUUUUUUUUUUUUUGUUGGAAAUGCCAGGAAUUCAAUUCUGUCAGAAGAGAAGAAUUAAAAUAAUUGGGAUCAGUUAAAUGUACAUAUAUAUGUAUGCUUAUUAUUAACUUUUAUACAUGUAUAUCUUAUGUAAAGAAAUAAUCUUCAAGUGCAAUAGAAAAUGAGAAGAUAAUUUGAUAUUUUAAACUUAUAUGGAAGGAUUUUUCAGGGGUGCCAUUUUAUUUGCCUUUGGUGCUCAUCUCCUUGUGAAUUUUUUUUUCCGGAGGCAGGCUCAUUUACUUAAACUGAGCAGAAUUCACAUCUUUAUCUUACUGGGGCUCCAAAAUUGAAGAUCAUGGCUUUCAGUUUCCUUCCUAAUUAGGGAAAAGCGGCACCCAGUCAGCUCACAAAGUAAUGCACACAAUCCGUUCACAUGGACACACACGGAGUCAAGCGCAUUAAAUACUCAUCGGGGUACUUACUUACGCGUACAUUAUUGAACGGAUUGAUCAGUUGCCACUGAUAAUUAGGGAGAAUAUCUGUGGUUGUGGAGAUUGGGGGUCAGAGCACCAAAAAAAAAAAAAAAAAAGCCUUGGUGUAUGGAGCUCUAGUUCUCAAUAGUAUUUUGUUUAUUUCUCUGCAACUGUGGAGUUUGAAAUCAAACUUAUCAUUUCUUUGCUUAUGAUACAAAAAUAGGAGGGUAAAUAUUAUUUACUCAUUACCACAUGGGACCAGGAGUCUCUUCUCCCCCACUUACAGUAGGCAGACUACAGGUGCGGCAAUCCUUAGAGGAGAACUGAGCCACAGGAGAGAGAGGGGAGAGUGGAUCCAGGAAUAAAUAAAAAAAAACUCCAUCUUCUAUUCAAUCCUCUCUUUAAUGCAUGGUGCUACAAAAAGUAAAUAUAUAAGGUGCUAACCAUAGUGCUGUAAUUACACCACUCUGCAAAAAUAUCCUGAUGUUUAUAGUGCAUGCUUGCUUAGAUUAAUAAAAAAAAAAAGUCCAAAUAAUAUAUUGCCAUAGCUUCCAUAAUGCACUAUAAUGGUAUAAUCCCAUCCAAGACUAUUUCACAUAGUUCCCUAAUAGUCAUCCAUCUGUUGUUUAUUCAAAACUGUUUUUAUUCAAUGCUGCAACUUACAGAGAUGCUUAUUCUGAGGGAAACUAUUUUAGAGAUAACAAUAGAAACUAAAAACAUUUCUCCCUUUUUGUAUCCAUUAUAAAUCACCGGGUCUGAAAUAUUUGUUAAGGAUAAAGUUUUCUUUUUCUUUGUACAAAGCCCCACACAGCUGUAUGUAAUAUUUCUUAGAAACACAACUAGUGGAGAUAGUUUUAAUUAAAUAAAGGUUUCCUUGUUGUAGCUGGACACAAGUGUGUAUAAUUGUGCAAACCGUGCUGUAUACAGUGGAUCCCCUCCUGCUAAUUUAAUGUUAUUUAAUGUUUUAAUUUUAAACGUGGUUGCCGACUGAGCAAAUUUUCUGUUGGUUGAAGCAAUACUACUCUUUCUGACAUCUUUAUAUAUCAGUUUGCCCAACUGGUCUUGGAGUUUAUAGAUUUUUUUAUGUGUAAAUUUGGGGCUCCAGAGAACAAAUUUAUUGCAAUGUUAAUUAUCUUUUAUUUUUAUAAUUUUUUGUUAUUUUUGCUUUAUGUUGUUUUUUAUUUCUCCUCUAUGAUAAUCAACCAUGUACUGUACCAGGACUCUGUGCUAUUCUAUAACUUGUGUUUUAAAAAAGAUAUGCAAAUAUGUGAAAAUCGUUUCUUCUUUUUGUAAAUCUGUUGUAGACAUUAAAACGAGCUAAGAAUACCUCACAUUUUACACUUGGAGCAAAGAUUUUCUGUUACCUUUAUAAUUAAAACCUGUUCGGGAAUAUCAGCCAAAUACAGCAAGUCAUCAAACUCCGAACAAGACCAUAUCUGGUGCCAACAUCCUCUCUCUGUCUACUUUUUAUUCAUUGUUCAAUGUCCAUUUGUUCAAUAAAUACUUUCAAUUUG